UUGAAAACCGACACAAUAUAUAUAAGCAAUUUAACUGGAUGUUAAACACUUAUCUCUUAUCUUGUGUGUUUCCAUAUAGUUUUGAUACAAGCACGGAUCUUAAGCUUCAUUACAAUGAAAAUAAUGUUUUAAUUCUGGAUUACUAUUCAACGAAAACUGUACGAAAUUAAAUUAACUUACAGUACGUGUGUGUACGUUCAUUUGUGUAUAACUUUCCUCAAAGUCAUUUCAUAUUCGAAAUCCUCACUCAAGAUUAAGUAGAUUAGAUGAAAGAACAAAUCGGGUAUGCCUACCAAGACUUCAAGAAAACUCCGACAGUCCGACCUUACGGAGUAUCGGACAUUUCCGGACAAUUUUAUCCUCACUCCUCGUAAAAGCGCACUCGGAGAACUCAGAAUUCACAAACCAUUCACCGAACAUAGCAAAACAUUUCCGAUUUUAAAAGUCGCGAAGCAGACAACAGAAGAAGUUCCAAAAUGGCGGAUGGACAGCAUCCCAAAUUUGGCGGGAAUUCCCAAACGGAAAAUUCUACCAGUGAUACAAACGAGACCUACCCGGGAAGACACUUUCGACACAGAUUUUAUGAUGCCGGACCGAGUUCGCGAGAUUCUCGAGGACGAGGGCUUAGAACGUGACGUCAUCAGCAACGUCAUUGGUCAUGGGGAGCGGAAAUACAAACACGCAAUGACGAAAAUGACCAGCACAGACAGUCCACCGCAAAAUUCCAAAGACAUUAUUCUGCUUCCUUCAGUGAUCACGAACAAAAAACGUAAGCCAACAUGGAAUGGGUCCAAACAUACCGCCAUAGGCCCGACAUGGAAACACCCAUACCCUCUCUGGCUAGAUCUCUCCCGACAAACCCAGGAGCCCAAAGAAAUGGGCGCUAGUCACACUGCUCACACUUCACGCAUGGAUGCUAGUCAGACAAAUCAUGCUUCUAGUAUUUCAAGACUUUUGAAUACUCGAAUUCAUGGGGAGUUCAAUAAUUAUGAUUUAGUGAAGGACAUUAAUAGACCGAGUUCUCCGACGGAUCGUGCUCCUAGUCAGCGCAGAGAUAAGAUCAAGUUAAACCCUGGAAAGGACUGGUCAGGAUCGCCGACCCGACCGAGUUGGUUAGAACCUUCCCGACAACAGCCGAUGGAAAUCACCCGCCGACGAGAAUUAUGGGACAUCCCGCCGACGCCGACGACCAGGGACGCAUAUCUAGCGUGGAACUUUGGUGAAGACCUACGUUCAACGUUGACGGAUGUAAAGGUUGCAAUAGACCAGAAGAAGUGGCGGGCCUCUCAAAGUCUUGAGCUGCUUUACACAGGGGAUAACUUUAGACCACCACGAGUUAUCUUGAUCUCUUCCAAGAUACCUAAAUGCCAUCUUCUGGCAAAAGUCUACAAGGAUGACGUCAUACCAAUUAUUUACGAUUUUGACGCGUUUACUUUCACGGAAAUAUUAGAUGCAAUAACGAAAAAGCUAGAGCAGUUUCAUAAAAAUUGCAAGGCAAAGUCAAUCAUGGUGCUAUGUCAGGGUGGACCUGGCUACAUUUAUUUAUUACGGAACUACGCAAUAACGCCCCAAAAACUACACAAGCCAUCCUACAGACCUGUUGUAGGGUUUUGGCGGGCGCUGGCUGGGCUUAUUAGCAAGAUUGACCCUCAGGAUUCCGCCAUCCACAUAUGUGGACUAGAUUUGCUAGGAAAUAAACAAGGAAAACAGUUAGUUGACAUGUUGCAGAGUUUGAUGUAUCCGAAUCUAGUCCGAGUGCAAGUUUUAAAUGACGAACAUGAAGAUGGACGAGAGAAACUCAGCAAAUAUUUCCACUACGAGAGGUACCGAAUCUGGAAAUCCUACUCGAGUACUAGCUUCAACGAUAUUGACUUUAAUCAAGUAGAGACCGGUCCGGUUAAACGCUGCUACGGACAACCGGUUAUGCGAGUAGCCAGGUAACCGGUGACCGG